CAGAAUGGGAGCAACCAGCCUAUCAAGGCAGUCUCAAUUAUCAGUGACUGGGCUGUGUGGUGAUGUGGGGCCCCUAUAAGUGGGUGGACGUAAAACAGAGGAAGCCCCUGGUGACCUGAACAGAGGGGAGACCAUGUGGGAGCACCGGGGUUGACUUUUCUACUUCUAGGUCUUUAUGUGAAAAGAAGUGUGGAGAGAACUCCGCUCCAGACAUGUGGGGCCUCAGAUUCGUCAUGGUGCCAGUGGAGCUGCUUCUCUGCUACCUCUUGCUGCACUCUGUGGAUGCCACUCUCCAUGCAAAGCCGACAAAUGUCUCAAAGCACCUUCCCUCAUCCUCCCAGUCGCCCUCCUCAGGCUCCUUGUCCUGCCAGACCCUGCUCCCAAAGUCCCUGCCUGGCUUCAACCACUUGGCCCCUCUACCUAAGUUCCUGGUAGGCCUGGCUCUAAGGAGCGCCCUGGAUAAAGUGGGCUGCCAGGCUGAAGCACGGGCCGUGCAACGGCAGCUCCACCACUGGGGCGGUGUGAAUGCCACCCAGAUCCUCAUCCACCAUCUUCAAGAGCUCCAGGAAGGCGGAACCACAGAGAGGCGAGUGUCCGUGGAAGCCCUGGCCUCUGCCCUGCAGCUGUUAGCCCAGGAGCAGGCAGGCCCAGAGCGGGCCCGACGCUCCCUCCCCCGUGAGAACUGUGAGAAUGAGCGGGAGCAAGGUGUGUACAGCAUUGUCCGGCUCUUGCCGGGAGUGGGAACCUACUACAACCUGGGCACAGCUUUGUAUUAUGCUGCUCAUAACUGCUCUGACAAGGCCCAUGAACGGGGCCAGGAUGGGGCCAUAGAUUUGGGUUAUGACCUUCUGAUGGCCAUGGCUGGGCUGUCAGGGGGGCCCAUGGGUCUAGCCAUCAGUGCUGCACUUAAGCCCGCACUAAAGGCCGGGGUUCAGAAGCUGAUUCAGUAUUAUCACAGUGAGAAAGAGGCAAACACUCCUCCACCAGAGACUGGCACUGACAGCUUGGGAGGCUUCUUGGAUGUGAGUGAUUUGGAGGAAACAACCCCCACAGAUCCUCUGGGCUCAGAAAUGCUGAAUUCAGCUCCCUACAGGCAGUGGGAGGUUUUCAACAGCUAUGACUCAUAUCCUGAGGCUGGGAACCUUGUGAUAUAAAAGAAGGGGGUAACCACAGAAUGAAUAAAUCUGACACGUUGUGUAUUCUGA